GACUCCAGGAUGAAUAUUCAGUUUUCAUGCAGCAGGCUGCAUUGCUAUCCCAAAAUUGUACUCACGACUUUUUAUAUUUUAUGCUCAAGCUUAAUGACCCAGAUCGUUGGAUAUUAUUCGCAAAAACUACAUACCCUACAGUGACGGUUUUUCACAAACAAAAAUCGCGUGUACCUUUAUUCACAACGAAUUCAUGGACUAAUAUUACAAUAAGAUGGUCUGCAAAUACGAUGAACAUCUACUCCAACGCCACAAAUGUGUUUCAUUAUCAGCAUACCAGUCUUCUCAUAUUCUACUUCUUUUCCGUCGGCGUCGAUGCCAACAGCUGGGUUACUUGGUCUGUCAAUUGCAUUCCAACGGAUAUAGAAGGACCACCAGUUGAUGGAGGUUGGUCAGAAUGGGGACCAUGGGCAUGCAGCGUGAGCUGCAAUGGUGGUACAGGAAUUCGAAAACGACGUUGCGACUCGCCAACACCUAACAUCAGAGGAGAACCGUGUGUAGGACCGAGUAUAAUGACUGGACGUUGCAACGAAAUUCUUUGUGGCGAUAUAACCGAAGAUACGAUAAAAUUGAUAAAUCGAAGAAUUAGAAUGAACCACACGGCUCUUACUGCCAAAGAACAACGUUCUAUCACAAUUAAAUCCGACUCGGAUAUCGUGGAAUUAAUUACUAAGGAAUCUCCUCGUUCCGAAUUACAAUGGUCUUUAAAUGGUGUCUUUGUGGAGAUAGAGCCCGAAAGAUUGGAGUUAAAAGAUUACGAUAUUGGUAAAACAUAA